AUGGUUUUCCACGUAGAGGACGCGAUCGUCGCUGUCUGUGCGCCGCCGCCUGGGCCGCAAACACACCGACUCGUGUGCCAGGCCGAGAUCGAGUCCAUUCGCUAUCUGCUGUACGCCACUGCGUCUUUGCUCGUGUUUCUAGUGGAAAGUCCGUCCGCAACGACCCCAUCAAAUUCUGUAGCGCACGACCAAAAGCGACGCGCGUCGACGUACGAGCUGUGGCAGGUGUGGAACGCCCAUGGACCGAUUCAAUGCGUGAGGUUUAAUCCCAGCACAAGAACAGCGCGCGGCGCUUUUGCUCUGUGUACCGAACAAGGCCAUGCUGUGCUCCUGAGGCCGGCGAGUGCCACGUCCAGCCGGACAGCAGCUGUUGCAAAGAGCUCGAGAGCUCCAAAUAUGGACGACAAAGGUGCAAGAGCGUCACCAGCGGCUAGACGAGGUGUUAUCAAGGGACCUGUGGACGAUCACGCGAGGACGCAUUUGCAUCUUCACUUGCCUCGGUGGGCAGAGUCUAUGCGUUGGCAGUGCGACGACCACUUGCUAAGUCAUUUGGAGUGGGUGGAGAAUGGAGACGAUUUGUUUCUGUUUGGAUACGGAGAGAAGUUGUCGAUAUGGAAGCUAGUGGAUGACUCGGUGCAGGUUUAUCUGCAACGCACAGUGACGUUGUCAGGUAAUGGAAAAGUGCCAGUCGUGCCGGCUUGUCACUUUGAUGUGGCGCCAAGUGGUCGGUAUGUGGCAACGGCAGGCGAUCAUGAUCGGAUCGUCAAGGUGUGGAAUUUGAAUAAAUUGUCAGCACACGCAAGCACGCCGAUGUCACUGUUUCUAGCACACACGCGUGCUCUGGUGUGUCUGACGUGGUCGAAAGAUGCGAACGUUUAUGAGACGCGAUCGAAUGUAGAAACCACUGCGGGCGCUUCUCAGAUGCUAUUUACUCUUGAUCGAGCUGGAAACGUGUCGAUCUGGAGAGAGAUAUCCACUCCUUUGCGAUCGUUCGUGUUGUGGAAGCGAUUUGCUGCCGUAGACUUUUGCUGCUCACCUUUCGAUAUAGAUGGCGUAAGAUCCGAUAGCCGCAUCCAAAUGCUUGGUCUGGUCGAUCAUAGUUGGGCUCGAGAAGCGUCAAAGCCUGUGUCUUCGAUAAAAGAGGCAUUGUUGAGCGAAAGUGCCGUUUUGGAUGCUCUCUGUCUUUUUCACUAUGGCUACGGAUCGCUGAAUGAAGCGCGCCAAGCUGAAUCUGGUGGUCAGCGCAAGAGUAGCAUCGACCAAACCAAUAGCAAGCUCUUUGCCGAUCGCAGAGGUGCCACAGCAGACACUCAUGUGGGAGAAGCACCUAUCUGCGGGAACGUAGCACUCGAACAAGCCUUUUCUGUUCGUUUGCUGUAUGCCGUUCUCAGCAGUGGUGUCUUUUGCAUAUUCCGUGAGAUGUCAGUUCCGUUUACGGGCGUUUCUCCUACAGUAUCCCUUCUUCUAAGUUACGAUGGCCUACGAGAGCAACUCGUCGACGGACACGUCUAUCGCGUCAGCUCGUCGGAUUACCAAGGCCACAAAAGCGACUCGACAGCGUUUUUCGUUGAGCUACUGCUCCAGCAGAAAACAGCUGACAGUCGCUUUCCGUACCUCGCAGACAAGCUAUACUACCUGUCGCGGGGCGUGAUGCACUGA